AUGGGGAAGAACUCGUUGCCGCCGGGGUUCCGAUUUCAUCCUACGGAUGUUGGGUUAAUGAUGUACUUUUUGAAGAGAAAAGUAAAGGGGAAGAAGCUAUCUGUCAAUGCCAUUGCUGAAAAAGGGACUAGGUCCAAUCGUGCAACUACAGAUGGUUAUUGGAAAACUACUGGAUGGGAUAAGCCUGUGAACCAUAAUAACGAGGUUGUGGGUUCAAUUAAGACUUUGGUUUUCCAUCGCGGGAAAGCACCACGAGGUGAGAGAACAGAUUGGUUAAUCCAUGAGUAUAAACUCAAGGAGAAAGGCGACUCUUAUGUCCCCUGUGUCCUUUUCAACAAGGAUGGUAAGGGCCCAAAAAAUGGUGCUCAAUAUGAAGCACCAUUCAAAGACGACAACUCUCCUCCCAUCGUGUCUAUCCUAGAAGCUGCUGGUAACAAAUGUCUCUGA